AUGUCUGCCCAUUCCGUCUGCAUAGGCUCACCACCAGCGCCAACAACGGAGAUGACGACAGUGCGGAGCCAACAACAACCGAAAGAUCAAGCUCCCCAGACUCCUCAGCCAUCGGCCUCCCAAACGCGCAAGUGGCCCUCAUUCACGAUGCGACGCCCGGGCCGCCUGAGCUCGACCUCCUCCUCCUCAGCCAGCGCGGCCCACGGCCCGAGGGGCAAAUACAGGCCCAUAACUCCCGGUAUCGCCACUUCCGUCGACAGUGGCGGCGGAAGUUUGCUGCGGUCCUUUUCGGCCGAGCGUCAUCGUGUUGUCACACCCACAGGUGCGCCGACACCCUCGUGCACCGUGGACCCAGCAACGCCGGUCUGCACGGCCACUGGCGCCUCCAAGCCCUUCGUCGUGCGGUCCGCCAGUUCACCGCACAGGAAGCCUUCGGAUGACAACUCGAGGUACUUUUCGCUGGGAGUCGACAGGAUAGACUCUACGGAGGACCUGACCCUCAUCGGAAUUCGGUUGGCUUCCAAAAAACCAAGAAAGUUUUCACCAACCUCUUUUUUGGCAAACACUCCAAGAAGGCUCGCAGUCCUGCAACCACGCCAACCGCGAUCACACCAGCCCAGCAUCCCUCCCUUCCACCACCGACUCCCUCCGUACCCACUCCUCGACCGACGAAAAAUCGGUCUGAUCAACUCCCCCCUCCAGUACCUCACCCGACUUCUCUCGGGGACGUCUCCGACUGUUCUUAGUCGCGGUCGCCCGCACAAACAACGGGUUUUCCGUCUUGCCGCUUUCUACCCACUGAUCUCAGAUGACUUUGUUGACACAGAGCACUCUGUGCGGGCCUGGUGGGUGCGCACCUGGUGCCACCCCACCCCGCCCCUGGCCCUUCACACCCCCCUCGCGACCCCCUGGCCAGAAGACCGCACCGCGCCUGCGAGAUCCUCCUCGCGCGUCAUCACUUGUCGCUUUUUUCUUGCCGCUAUUCUUUUUAAUGAUAAUAAUGAAAUCGUUCAUGGUGAACACUAUAAAGUUAAUAUAUAA